AAUUGAGAUCCCUUAUGUCUUUAUCCAAGUAUUGGCGUUUACGGUAAUCACAUAUCCAAUGAUUGGGUAUUAUUGGUCAGCUUACAAGGUUUUCUGGUACAUGUACUCCAUGUUCUGUACCUUGUUGUGCUACAAUUGUGUCGGCAUGACAAUUGUCUCGAUAACACCAAGCUAUCCAUUGGCUGCAGUUCUACAAUCAGCUUUUUACAAUAUCUUCUACCUUUUUGCUGGAUUUCUGAUUCCUCGACCGCAAAUCCCAAAGUGGUGGGUAUGGCUAUACUAUUUAUCUCCUACAUCUUGGACACUGAAUGGAAUGCUUACGUCGCAGUAUGGAGAUAUUCACGAGCCGAUUCAGGUUUUUGGACAAACUACGACUGUAGCCAAGUUUCUGAGGGAUUACUUUGGAUUUCAUCACGAUCAACUACCUGUCGUGGCUGUUAUCUCAAUUCUGUACCCAACUGUUUUGGCCUGUAUGUUUUCAUAUUUUAUUGCAAAGUUAAACUUCCAAAAGAGAUAAUCAACAAUGUUGUCAAGGAUUGAUCAGAUUCUAUGGUCAUUUUCAUUCUGCAUUGUACGCUCCUCGGCCCAUGUUACUGCAUAAGAAGGCAAGAGCAUUGCAUAAACUGUCCAAAUAUCUGGGCAUUUCAUCCAUAGCUUACCAGAUAUGUUGCAAAUUUUGCUAUUUUGU